AUCGUUUUUCCCCUUCGCCCCCUCUUGGUUGAGUUGUGUCACUGCUUCGGGAUCCUUCCCGGGCAGAUAACACCCAAUGCUCACCGGUUGCUUAACGUUUUUGCCAACAUCUGCACAUCUCUCCACAUCGACCCCUCCCUUCGCCUUUUCCUUUAUAUGUUUGAGGUUCGUCCCGGCAAACCGGGUUGCGAAGGUUUUGUCUAUUUUAAGGGACGAAACAAUCGUAAGUUCAUCUCUGACCUUCAACAAAGCAACCGCUUGUGGAAGGAAAAAUUUGUCUUCAUAAAAUUUCCUCCGUCCAUCACUCCGUUGGCCGGCUUGAAGUGGAGUGACCAUCUCCUCAAGCACCAGUUCACCGAACCGCCGGCCACCCCGGAUCUGGAGGAGAGCUGGGAGCAGCUUCUCAAAGGGGACCCCAACACCGGUCAGAUGUACCACUACGGGGGUUGGGUCUGGCGCGUCCAACCGGGUGACGAGGGUUCCUCCCGGGCCCAUGAAGCAGCGGGGCACGGGGGACCCUCCCCGAGCAACACUGUAGAGGCUGGAGGGCCAAGUCACCCAGACAUGAAUUUCAGAGCCUACAACAUGUCGAAGACAACCGGUGGAUCUUCUGCUACCGGUCCUCAUACCUCCAAGACAUUUCCGAUGGGUGAAAUUAGGCCCGUCGCCUUGGAGCAACUUACUGAAGAUUCCUCCUCCCGGUUAGCCCAGCUGGAAGAAAGGCUAAGAAGAUCCGAGGCCCACAACCGGGAGCUUAAGGAGCUGACGGACCGGCAGCUGAAUGAGAUGGCCAACCUUUCAGCGAUUGCUGAGGGAGCCAAGGCAGAGACCCUCCAGCUGAAGGAGGAGAACCUGAAGCUGAUGGAGGACUUGGAAUCCAAGGAGCGGGAGUUCCCCGGUAGGGCCAAGCAAUGGAUGGAGGACAACCUGGUGGAAGCUGCCCGGGUACUCACUUCUUCUGAGGAGAGGACGGUGGAGGGCUUCAAUCUGCUAUACCGGGAGGAGCAAGGAAAAGAAAUGAUCACUCAAAUCGGCUCCUACGGUUUUAUGUCUGGCCAAAAACGGGACCGGGAGGCCACGCACGCGGUCCUUGCUGAACGUGACCCGGACUUUACUGUUGAAUCAUACGGCCUGGCCCCCAUCCCAGAAGAUGAACCUGCACCUCCCUUCCCCUUGGAGUGAAAUCUCCCCGGCUGUGCCCGGUUAUCUUUUGUAAAACUCAAAACUUUGAAAUUUCGCCCGGGUAUGCCCGGUGUACUUGUAAACGAUUAACUUUCUUGUUGUGUUUGAAUGCAAUGUUUAAUUUCCGUACCGGUUAAUCUUCCAUUUCUGCUUCUUAAUUGAUAUUUUGCCACAUCAUAGGAUAUUUUACCGGUGCACAAGUUAAGCCACUUCGACUAACUUGACCGGU